AUGGUGUCUCUGAAUGACAUACGACCUCUUUUGCAUAUUGCGAGACUAUUUGGAUGUGGACUUUUUCUUGUUACGGAGGACGAUAUUAUGAUGAUGAAGUACGGCACUAUUUAUUCAAUUUUAUUUGCACUCUUGUAUGUUAGUCUUUGCAUCGCGAAUAUUUAUAUGCUCCGCUGGGACGACAUGAUUGGACCGAGGCUGCUGAUGCUCACUGUGGUGAGGACAGGUCUCUCGUAUAGUUGUGUUUUAAGUGACAUUGUGAUGACGUAUUGUUAUAACUGGAAGAUACGAGCUGCACUUUCGCAUUUACGCAUUUUCGAUCGUACAACAAAAUAUAAGGAACCUAAAUAUCCUCACAUGAUACGUUAUGUCUGUUGGUCAUUGAUCUUUGUUAUGUUAUCGUUUUGGAUAAUAGUUGGAUAUAUAACGUUUUGCGUGGAGCCUAAAGACUCUGUAUUUAACGGUAUAACUUAUGCUGUUGUUAACACAACGUUAACGAUACAAUUAAUAACAUUCGCCAGCCUAUCAUCUCUUCUGUACGAGAGAUAUCAUCGUCUUUGUGAAUCGUUGCUCCUGCCCGAAGGUAGAUUAAUUGCAAAGAAUGAUGGCAAAAUCAUGGUGGUGGAUCGCUUGGACAAGCAGUUUCAUUUGCAAGAAGUGUGGUGGUUGCAUUCAUGUCUCACCAAUGCGACCGAGAUGAUAAAUUCCGUGUACUCGAUACAGCUUUUGCUAUGGAUCUUUUGUAUGUCCUUCAAUACACUUACCCGCAUCUAUACGAUCAAUAAUGGCGCGAUCUUACAACCUUUGUUGAUAGCGAGAGAAAUUUUACUGGUGUCUGCUUGUGUGACAAAUCUGCUGAUCAUUACCAUCAUUUGUCACAUGACUGCGACCCAAGCUAAUCGUGUUGGCAAGAUCGCCUUUACACCAUCAUCUGCCAUUCUUGUUAAGAAAAAUUUUAUGCAGGACUGUAUAGAAGCUGUUACUUAUUUCCAGCUACAACAUGUACACUUCUUUGCUUCUUAUGGAAUCAUACGCAUCGAUCUUCCAUUGCUUCUUUCGAUAGCUUCUGGUAUAACUACGUAUCUGGUAAUCCUUCAUACCGCCAAUGUCUAGCAGUAAUCUCAAAGAGUUCUCAAUGCGUCACAUCAGCAUGGUCAAUCGUGCUAAUUACAUCCUGCUACAUUCCUAUUACAUUCUCAUUUUUAUUUCUAUAUAGCGGUUUACGAAUCGGCUGUGGAAUACGUGCUGUGGAGUCGAGAAGAAAAGCUCUGCACAAUAAUUACAUGGAGAGAGACAAGAC